AUGUUCAUUAACCGAUGACUGUUUUCCACCAACCACAAAGAUAUUGGCACUCUUUAUCUUCUGUUUGGCGCAUGAGCUGGUAUAACGGGCACUGCUCUUAGCCUUCUAAUCCGUGCUGAAUUAGGUCAGCCUGGAGCUCUGUUAGGAGAUGACCAAAUUUACAAUGUAGUUGUAACUGCCCACGCAUUCGUAAUAAUCUUCUUUAUAGUUAUGCCUAUUAUGAUCGGAGGCUUUGGAAAUUGACUAGUACCUUUGAUAAUUGGUGCGCCUGAUAUAGCAUUUCCCCGAAUAAACAAUAUGAGUUUCUGAUUACUACCUCCAUCCUUUCUUCUCCUUCUGGCUUCUUCCAUAGUAGAAGCAGGCGCAGGGACUGGAUGAACUGUAUACCCUCCUCUAGCAGGUAACUUAGCCCAUGCAGGAGCAUCAGUAGACCUAACAAUCUUUUCUCUACAUCUGGCAGGGGUUUCUUCUAUUUUAGGGGCUAUUAACUUUAUUACCACUAUCAUCAACAUGAAACCCCCUGCAAUAUCUCAAUAUCAAACUCCCCUAUUCGUGUGAUCAGUACUUAUCACAGCAGUACUUCUCCUUCUAUCUUUACCAGUCUUAGCAGCUGGAAUUACUAUACUACUUACAGAUCGAAAUCUCAAUACUACUUUCUUCGACCCGGCCGGAGGAGGGGAUCCCAUUCUAUAUCAACAUCUAUUUUGAUUCUUUGGCCAUCCUGAAGUCUAUAUUCUAAUCCUCCCUGGGUUUGGAAUAAUUUCACACAUUGUCACAUACUAUUCAGGAAAGAAAGAGCCCUUUGGUUAUAUGGGAAUAGUGUGGGCAAUAAUGUCAAUUGGAUUCUUAGGAUUUAUUGUAUGGGCCCAUCAUAUAUUUACUGUAGGCAUAGAUGUUGAUACACGAGCCUAUUUUACCUCGGCCACUAUAAUUAUUGCAAUCCCGACAGGAGUUAAAGUAUUCAGCUGACUAGCUACCCUGCAUGGAGGAAAUAUUAAGUGAUCCCCUGCCAUAAUGUGAGCCCUAGGUUUCAUUUUUCUAUUUACAGUAGGGGGUCUUACAGGCAUUGUUCUAGCUAACUCAUCUCUGGACAUUGUCCUCCAUGACACAUACUACGUAGUAGCACACUUCCACUAUGUACUAUCAAUAGGGGCCGUGUUCGCUAUUAUAGGAGGCUUCGUCCAUUGAUUCCCAUUAUUUUCGGGCUAUACACUUAAUAAUACAUGAGCAAAAAUUCACUUCGUAAUUAUAUUUGUUGGAGUCAAUAUAACAUUCUUCCCCCAGCACUUCCUAGGUCUAUCAGGUAUGCCUCGACGAUAUUCUGAUUAUCCAGACGCCUAUACAGCAUGAAACACAGUGUCUUCAAUGGGUUCAUUCAUUUCACUAACAGCAGUUAUGUUAAUAAUUUUCAUAAUUUGAGAAGCCUUCGCAUCUAAACGAGAAGUGGCAGUGAUUGAGCUUACUACAACUAAUAUUGAAUGGCUCCACGGAUGUCCUCCCCCAUACCAUACAUUCGAAGAGCCCGCCCACGUCAUACUGAAAUAA